GCCCGGGAGCCAAUAGCUGGGGGGCAGUGCCGGACAUCUCCUGAGGCAGUGGAGCCGUGCGGGCCGUGCUGACCCCAGCCAAGGACGAUGGAGCCUGGUGCCGUGUUGAUCACGGGCUGCCUUCUUCUCCUCCUCUUCCUCUUCCUCUUCCGAGCCUCAUCAGGCCAGGGCCGAGGGCGCCUCCCCCCGGGGCCAGCCCCCCUGCCCUUGCUGGGGAACCUGACCCAGAACAUCCUCCCGCUCUACCGAUCCUACCGCUGGCUCUGCCAGGAGUAUGGCCCCAUCUUCACCGUCUGGCUGGGCCCGAGGCCCGUGGUGGUGCUGUGUGGGUACGAGGUGCUGCGCGAAGCCCUGGUGGAGCACAAUGAUGAAUUCAGUGGGCGGGGGGCCAUCCCCUUGCUCAAGCAGCUGAACCACGGGUACGGAUUAGUUAGCACCAAUGGAGAGCGCUGGAGGCAGCUCCGUCGGUUCACCCUCACCACCCUCCGGAACUUGGGUAUGGGCAAGAGGCCGCUGGAGCAGCGGGUGCAGGAGGAGGCGUGGCACCUCACCCAAGCUGUGGCUGACAAACAAGGGCGUGCGUUCGACCCUGGGCCUGACCUCACCCGGGCCGUCGCCAGUGUCAUCUGCUCUGUGGUGAUCGGGACCCGCUUCAGCAGCAACAGCGAGGAAUUCCAGGAACUCCAGCGUCUCAUCACGUCCUUCAUGUACUACUUCCGUUCCCUCCCGGCACAGCUGUACAAUAUCUUCCCAGGUAUCAUGCACUUCCUGCCCGGCCAGCACAGGCGGAUCUUCAGGGAAUACAAGCGCCUCAGAGACUUCAUCCGGGCCCAGGUGGCAUCCCACCGGCACAGCCUGGACCCCAGUGCCCCCCGCGACCUCAUCGACUGCUUCCUCCUGCAGCAGGCCAAGGAGCGAGAGAAGGAGCAGACAGAGUUUGAGGAUGAGAACCUGACGGUGCUGGCCAACUCCCUGUUCGUCGCUGGCAUGGAGACCACCAGCAAUACCAUCAAUUUUGCCCUGCUGGUGCUCAGCAAGUUCCCGGACGUGCAAGCGCGGGUGCACGGGGAGCUGGACAGGGUGGUGGGCAGGGCCCGGCCCCCAGCCCUGGAGGACCGGCUACAGCUGCCCUACACCAACGCCAUGCUACAUGAACUCCAACGCUACCUCGACCUGGUGCCCAUGAACCUGCCACACGCCACCACCCGCCCAACCCCCUUCCGGGGGUACCUCAUCCCGCAGGGUACGACCAUCAUCCCUCUCCUAGCCUCGGUGCACUUCGACCCAGCCAGCUGGGAGACCCCGGAGGAUUUUAACCCAGGUCAUUUCUUAGAUGAGAACGGAGCAUUCAGGAAGAGAGACACGGCCAUGCCCUUCUCUGCAGGGAAGCGCAUGUGUCCCGGUGAAGGGCUGGCCAAGGCGGAGAUCUUCCUGUUCAUAACCACCCUGCUGCAGAGCUUCACCCUGGAGCUGCUCACGGACCCCAGGGCCAUCGACUUGGCCUCGCUGCGGAGGGCUUUCCGGGGCCAAGGCCUCACUUACAAGCUCCGUGCCAUCCCACGCCCAGCGUAGAGUGGGGCAGGGAGGGAAGAGGACAGACCCAUAUGUCUUCCAUGCUGGGGUCCCUGGAGCCACAUCAGUCCCUCUGGGUCAGCUCCUGAUCUGAUUUACACUGCGGUGCACAUCCAGAGCAACUCUCCUUUCACAUUAAUGCUCCCGGGCCAGCUCCUGAUCUCAUUUACACUGUGGUACACAUCCAGGGCGACUCUCCUUUCACAUUAAUGCUCCCGGGGCCAGCUCCUGAUCUCAUUUACACAGUGGUGCACAUCCAGAGUCACUGUCCUUUCAUACCAAUUCUCUCUCCUUUCGCACCAAUGCUGCCAGGGCCAGAUCCUGAUCUCAUUUUCACUGUGGGGCAAAUAUUCCGCUGACUUCUCUGGAGUAGGAGCCAGACUGGAAUCGCAGUUACAGACGAAUGUAAAUCUGGAACACAUUCCUGGAUGGCAGCGGAGUGAGUGAGUGAGAUCAGAAUCUGCCUUUGUGAAUUCAGAUCUACACACCCAUGAUGCACAUAGCAUGCAGCUGUUCCAGGCUGGAGCUUGGCCCCCUGAGUUCUAAUUCUGUCUCUAACACUGGCCUGCUUGGGCAAGUCACGUCUCAGCUCUGUGCCUCAGUUUCCCCUCCCUAAUAAUUAACCCUGGUAUGGCUAGGUUGUGGUCAGCACCUUUGAACCUGCUUUGCCUAGUGCUGAAUUCUUCUGGAUGUGUUUCCCCGAGAGCCAUCCUCAACGUUCAGCCAUGGUGUCUCUGGCUCACGUGUGCUGUCUGCUUGUAGUUCACUUAUAGAAAUGCCCUGGGGGUGUUUCUCAGCAUUGUUGCUCACUGCGCUUCCAGAAAAUUGACUGACACAAUAAAUGGAAGAAAAGACC